GGAAGGGGAAAAUUCAAAGAUGGAUGAACAUCAGCAAAGCUCUACUUAACAUCAAUGUACCUUGAGUCAUAUCAUACGAAUCGGUCUAUUUCCCAUGUAGUCAAGAACGCGAAAUGACGCUUACGGCGUUAGAAAAAAGUGGUAGGAUGGAAUGGGUAAAAAUUCUUAGGAGAUUAGUCGAAAGAAAGAAAAUUAAGAAGAACUUAGAGGAUACAAAGUGGGAAGAAUCAGAUAAAUUUGAACAAUAUUACAAGAAAUGGAAAGGUCUUAAUGAUAACUUAAUGAAAGUGCCAACACUUUAUGUAAAGUUGCCUUCUGAAGAAGAACCUUUGCUGUUGAAGCUAAGAGAGGAAUCUAGAGCUGUUUUUCUUCAAAGAAGAAGCAGAGAGCUAUUAGACAAUGAUGAAUUACAGAGGUUGUGGUUCCUGUUGGACCAGCACCAUACACCCCCAAUUGUGGGAGAGGAUCAAAUGAUCAACUAUGAAGACUUUCUCAAAGUGGGAGCAGAGGCAGGAUCCAAAUGCCAACAAUUUUUCAAAGCAGCAGUUUUCUGCAAGCUUCUGCAAGCUGAUCCAUAUGGGAGGAUAUCAAUCAUGCAAUUCUUUAACUAUGUUAUGAGGAAAGUGUGGCUGCACCAGACAAGGAUAGGGCUUUCUUUGUAUGAUGUCACUGGUCAAGGCUAUCUCAAAGAAUCUGACUUAGAAAAUUACAUUUUGGAGCUGAUACCAACUUUACCACAGCUCAAUGGCCUUGAGAAGUCGUUUUACUCCUUUUAUGUAUGCACAGCUGUAAGGAAAUUUUUCUUUUUCUUGGAUCCCAUGAGGACAGGAAGAAUAAAAAUACAAGAUAUAUUAGCUUGCAGCUUCCUGGAUGACCUUCUGGAGUUAAGAGAUGAAGAAUUGUCCAAAGAAAUGCAAGAGUCCAACUGGUUUUCUGCACCCUCAGCCCUCCGUGUUUAUGGGCAGUACCUCAACCUGGAUAAAGACCACAACGGCAUGCUGAGCAAAGAAGAACUUGCUAGGUAUGGUACAGGCACACUUACUGAUGUGUUUCUAGACAGAGUAUUCCAAGAAUGUUUAACAUAUGAAGGGGAAAUGGACUAUAAGACCUACCUGGACUUUGUUCUGGCAUUAGAAAACCGCCGAGAACCACAGGCAUUGCGCUACCUUUUUAGAAUCCUUGAUGUCCAACAUAGAGGCUCGCUCAAUGUAUUUUCUCUCAAUUACUUCUUCAGGGCAAUUCAAGAACAGAUGAAGCUGCAUGGCCAGGAACCAGUGUCAUUCCAUGAUGUUAAGGAUGAAAUCUUUGAUAUGGUCAAACCAAAGGAUGUUCUUAAAAUAACAUUACAAGAUCUGAUAAAAAGUGGGAAAGGUGAUACAGUGGCCAGCAUCCUCAUAGACCUGAAUGAUUUCUGGACCUAUGAAAAUAGGGAGUACCUUGUCCCAGACACGUCUGAGGAAUCUGAAAUAUGACCAGGAACCACCACUUAGGGGCCAUGUGCAAAUCAAGCCACUACACAUGCAACCACAUUGUGACACCAAGGCUGUGUGCUGAUAGAGGACAGGCAUUACUGGAGAUUCUUGUACAACACUGCCUGAAGACAUUCACAGUCACAAACUUAAUGUCUGUUUCCAUUUGUCAAAUUAUUGUAAGAUUUUGAAUAAUGCAUAAUGUUUGUUGCUGUCUAGAAGAGGAAGUAGGCAUGAAACUAAACAUAGACUAAUGCAUUUCAUUUCUUGCAAUAUGAAGGGUUUGUCAUUGAAACACUAUUUUUCGUGGAUUGAAUUUUGAGUUGAACUGCCUUGUUUGAUAUAAAUGUUGACAUUUGUUGUAUGUGAUAUUUAGAUGUAUGGAAGUUUCAAUUUAUGUAUGGCAAGUCACAAAUCAUUACCAUAGUGUAAUCAAUAUGCAUUUAUGUGUUGACAUUCAAAUAGAUGUAAAUAUAGAUUUAUUUCAUUCCAUUGAAUGUACAUUGACAAUGUGAUAGACAAACAGUGUAAAAGUGAAUUGGAUUUAUAAACACGAUUUUCAAGUUUUUAAAAUCUUCUUGUUACACUGUAGAACAUGAAAAAUAAGACCCGAUUAAUACAAGUGGAAUUGAAAAUUAAAAUAAACCGUGUAUAUGUAUUAGUCAAACAUGACAAAAUGACAAAGAAACGACAGUUUAGAGUAGACAAGAAAGUCCAGUGAUCUAUUGUUUGUUUCUUGGUUUCCAUGAUGGAAGUCUCUUCCAACAUCUACCAGCAGUUAUAGUUCUAAUUUGUUUAUUUUUGAUAAGCAGCUUGCUGUAUAACAAUGGCAGUGUUUGUUCUGUUGUACACAAUAUGAUAAAAAAACAACCUUACUAUAUAUCUUCCUUUCAUCAAUUUUGAAGCUGUGAUUUUGUAAAACAUUCAUGAAAAUUGAUAGAAAUUUGUUCAUACACAAUAAUUCAUUGUGUAAUUUUAAGUGAAAGAAAAGAUACUUAAAGUAUGCAUAACAUAUCUUGAUGGUAUAAUUUGGUGUUUUGAGGUAGGAUAUGCAGAUAGGUUUAUCUUUUUAUGAAAUAUCUAUAUCCAAGAGUUAAGCUGAAAACUGGUGCCUAUAUACACUGUAUAUGAAUGUAUUUCUGCACAAUGUUAAAUGAGAGGGGGAGGGGGGUUUGAGAGAGAUGUUUGACACUUUAACUUUAAUAUUGAUAGAUUUUUGUUCGCAUGUAAAUUAUGAAAAUACAUGUUAAGAACUAAAUAUAACAUUUCCAUCAGUUUUAUGUUAGGACAAGCAAUCUAACAUUUGUAUCUCCUAUGUUACAAUAUGUGGAGCAAAUUCCUCCCGAACUAUUUGCAGUUGAUGUCUACUUUCCAUUUUUCAGUUAAAAAUGGCAUAGCUCUAAAUAUUUUUGUUAUAUCAAGGUUUAGUGAAAUUCUGCAUAGCUCUUCAAUUGUCUUUAGAGAAUCAGAAGUAUGAUAGUUUUUGUAAAACCACCUGUUAGCUUGAGUGUCCUAGAUUGACUCGGUAGUAUUGGAGUUCUGUAUAUCUGUAAUGUAGAAUCAUGUAAGUCUGACUGAGGGACAAAAUAGAUAUAGAAAACUGGCAGCAUCAUAGACCAGUGCAAUGGCGGACAUCAGUUGUUUCAUACAUGCCAAAAUCUCAAUCAAAAUCAAAAUUGUAUGUUAAUGAAAUGUCCAUUAUGAUGAGAUAGAUGUGUAUUAAUGUAUGUAAAUUGCUUUGAUAUUGUACACAUGUAAUUUCUCAAACUCACUUUUCUUUUGUCAACAAGAACAUUAAUAUGAUACUUUAAGGUUGAUGCUAAAGCGAAUUUAUUUAUGAAUAAAUAUAAUAUAGGACAACAUCAAAGUAAUCUACAGUACAUGUACUAGACAAAGCUUCAUAAGCUUUGUACAGUAAUUGUGAAGCAGUGUAGUGUCGAGGUGACAUUAGUCAUGAUGUCGGGUCCAUCAGAUGUAGUGUAUGUAGCAUCAAAUGUUAGGAGUGCCAACAUAGCCUUGCAGGGGAGAGGUUCAACAAGUGUAAAAUUAUUAAAUUCAUCAUUUACAACAUUUUAUCUGUAAUGGUGCAAUUUGUAAAAAUUCAGGUUUGUUUUAAAAUAGUCAAAUAUGUCGGUGGUAUCUCGUUUUGUUUUGUUGGAUUCACGUCCGAGUAUUUACAGAUGAAAUCCAUUGGUGCAAGAUUUAUUGGCAUUUGGAAAGUGUAUAAGAGUUCUGCUUGCUUAUACAGUGGUAUUUCAAUGUUUGUAAGUUUUUUCCAUUGGUUCAGUAUUAUAAUUUUUUUUGUUAUAUAAUUUUUGUUUGUGUGUGUGAAAAGAAUGUAAUAUAUAAAUGCACAAGGCGAGUGUUUCUGCACUAUGUAACCAAAUAGAUGAUAUUCUUUUUGCUGUUUUAUGUUUUGUAUUGCCAUAGAUGCUGAUUUUGCCAACAUUAUACACAAAGGGUUAUUUUAAUAUGAUACUUUUACAGAUUUGGAGCAUUUUGUAAGAUAUUUCUACAUAUGUUGGAAACCGUAAUUUUUUUCGAGAAACAAGUUAAAUGUUUGCCAUCCUUAAAAUUGAGUAGGUAUAGAUAAGCAGGGUGGUGUAGCCUUACAUAUUAUUAUAGUAAUACAUACUUAUAUUUUAACUUUACGUAAAAAAAAAUUCACUUGUCAUUCCAUUAUUAUCAAGACAUUUUUCAGGUAACCAAUAUUGCAUGUAAUCUUGUGUUUCAAUAGUGUUACGACACUAUCGACAUGUAAUCUUGUGUUUCACCAGUGUUACGACACUAUCGACAUGUAAUCUUGUGUUACGACACUAUCGACAUGUAACCUUGUGUUUCACCAGUGUUACGACACUAUCGACAUGUAAUCUUGUGUUUCACCAGUGUUACGACACUGUCGACAUGUAAUCUUGUGUUUCACCAGUGUUACGACACUGUCGACAUGUAAUCUUGUGUUUCACCAGUGUUACGACACUAUCGACAUGUAAUCUUGUGUGUCACUAGUGAUAUGACCGUUAUCACUUCAUAAUCGGGCUUAUUGUCUUGAAUUUUCAAAUGUCAACCAGAUAUCAGAUAAAACUAGAUCACCAAGGUCUUGACUAAAUAACCCUUGAAAAGUAUCACAAAUUUGGUCUGAAAUUGCUCGUAAAAGAAAGAUGUGAAAUAUGUCCUUCCUGAACCUGCCAUUCCUAGUAUAGUUGGUAAAUACUGUUCUCACUGUUGGUUUUUCUAGUCAAAGAAAUGACUUUCAGCUUCAGUGGCUCUCUGUCCCGCUGCAUUGCUCUCUCCUUUUAGUCGGUACUAUUUUUUUGACUACUUCCAUGUACAUGUGAUAUUGUAUGUUUCUACAGAGAUCUUACCGUAACCUUAAGUGGAGACAAUAACAAAACCUUCGGGGUGUGAUGUGGUGCUUAUAUGGUCACUAAGAUACUAGCGUUUAUUGUGUGACGACUAACCUGUAUACUAAUAUUGUGAUCCGUCCAUGUCCUCCACCUCUAAGGACAAUGUUUUAUCUGUCUCCCGUAAUCUGUGAUUAUCAGUAGGUAUUAUGUUACGUGUUUUCUCACUAUGUAUGAUAUUGAUAUCUAAACGUAUUCUGGUUCCAGUUUCAUGAAUGCUCCUUAUCUAAUGAAUUAAGUUUGUCCAUAGGAACACAUACACGGGCAUUAUCAAUGUUUCUUUGGUAGUCUACUAUGAUUAGAAAUUCCAGUAUACUCGACUCCAUUAUAGUUAGAAAUUCCAGUAUACUCAACUCCACUAUAGUUAGAAAUUCUAGUAUACUCGACUCCACUAUAAUAAGAAAUUCCAGUAUACUCGACUCCACUAUAAUAAGAAAUUCCAGUAUACUCGACGCCAUUAUAAUUAGAAAUUCCAGUAUACUCGACUCCACUAUAGUUAGAAAUUCCAGUAUACUCGACUCCACUAUAGUUAGAAAUUCCAGUAUACUCGACUCCACUAUAGUUAGAAAUUCCAGUAUACUCGACUCCACUAUAGUUAGAAAUUCCAGUAUACUCGACUCCACUAUAGUUAGAAAUUCCAGUAUACUCUAAUCCACUAUAGUUAGAAAUUCCAGUAUACUCUAAUCCACUAUAGUUAGAAAUUCCAGUAUACUCGACUACACUAUAAUAAGAAAUUCCAGUAUACUCGACUCCACUUUAAUUAGAAAUUCCAGUAUACUCGACUCCACUUUAAUUAGAAAUUCCAGUAUACUCGACUACACUAUAAUAAGAAAUUCCAGUAUACUCGACUCCACUAUAGUUAGAAAUUCCAGUAUUCUCGACUCCACUAAAGUUAGAAAUUCCAGUAUAUACUUGACUCCACUUUAGUUAGAAAUUCCAGUAUACUCGACUCCAAAAGAAACAUUGUUACAUGACUGUGCAUAGGAAAGCAUCAUCAGAGCUAAGAAAAAAAUCUUUUCUAAACUUCUGAAGCGAUUUCCAAUUUAAGGAUUUGGGUAUAAAGAAAUGUUCUUAAAGCUGGUGUCUGAUCCCCAAUUUCUAUAUAAAUUGUAGUGUAGUUGUCAAUCUUCAUCACAUUAUAUUUACAAAUGCUCAACUUGUCUCAGCUUAUAAUGUAGUUGUCUGGAAUGUAUUUGUGAAUUGUAUACAGGCUUGUUUAUAAAACAAUACUGACAUUUGAUUUUCCUGUAGUGAUGUAUGUUGGCACUAUAUUUGGGUACUACCAUUAUGCAAAUAUGUGUCAUUCUAAAAGCUGAAUGUGAUAUUUAUACAUCGGCCAAAUAUACUUGUCACCAAAUUAGAAAUUCCCAGAAAGUCUGUGAUAACUAUGUAUUCAGCCUGUGACCGUGUUAAAAACUGCCAUUGUUAACACAGUCAGUCAGAGUUCAACAGUGUAUUGUGGAAGUUGUAUCUAUUAAAUGUAUAAAUGCUCAAAAUGGUCACCGGAGGAAAUGUGUAGCUUUUAGCUUCAGUAGAUAUCGGGGGGAAAAACAUGUCUGUAGCAGUUUUCUGCACUUUUUGUUCUCUGUGAAGAACUCUGUCAAUUUAAAAUGAAUUUUAGAUAGUGUUUGUUAUGUCAUUGGUUUGUAGAUGUAAGGUGAUUUCUUAAUGUCAAAGGAGUAGAAAUUUAAGUACCACAAUUAGCAGAGUUGAGAAUAGAUUUGUCAAACACAGUCAGAAUGAUAUACUGCUAGGACUGCUACUGUCUUGUAUCUCAACCGGGACCUACAGAUCAUCGUACUACUGUAACAAGCUCUCAACCGGGACCUACAGAUCAUCGUACUACUGUAACAAGCUCUCAACCGGGACCUACAGAUCAUCGUACUACUGGAACAAGCUCUCAACCGGGACCUACAGAUCAUCGUACUACUGUAACAAGCUCUCAACCGGGACCUACAGAUCAUCGUACUACUGUAACAAGCUCUCAACCGGGACCUACAGAUCAUCGUACUACUGUAACAAGCUCAUUCCUCCAGUGACUUGUGGGUACACUAGUUUGAGAUGUGUGAGGGUACUCCAGACUUUUCCUCUUGUAGUGUCGGAGGUAUUUACUUGAUAAGAUGAUGGGGUAUUGUCUGUAAACACCACGUGAUUGUAUGUAAAUAAAGAGAACAACAGA